AUGGUUACGUGCAAAGCUCGUUCUCACCGGCACGCGGGGAAGAGAGAAUGGGCUGACGAAACGAGGGACGGCGGUGGUGGGAAGCGCGCACACGCGCGGGCGCGUGUGAGCGACCGGGAAUCGUCGCUGUGCGCAUUUAAUGCGGAGCCGUCUGCUGGCAGACACAGCGACUGUCAGCAAAGGAUCGUGCGGGCGUUGCCCACUCGCUUUUUCCGCCCCGCUGGGAGCGGCAGGGUUGACCUGCGUGGGCGGGAUGACUGGGUCCUCUGUGUCUGCAGGCGGUCCUGGCCGGGGGAUGACAGCGCGGUGGAAACGCAGGCGGACAAGCUGGCGUGCGCCCUCGGGACUGCCCCGCGCAGGGCCGGGCGAGGCGGGCUCCUCUGCAGAAGCUGCUUCACGUUAGGGGCGGGCACCCCCUCCACGGCCUCUGCACCCCGGAUUCCAGCCUCAGCUACCUCGCCCGCCGGCUGGCGCCCGUAA